AUGCACCCCUGUCCUGACCCAGCUUUUCUCCCUUCUCCCCUCCUCAGCUCAAGAGGGUGGAGACCAGAGUGGGGAAGAACCCGGCAGGGGGGAAUGAGCCGGGCAUGGAGAAGUGGGCCUUUCUUAAGGCAGGAGUUCCCUGCACAGCAAUCUCCAGUAUCUCAAGUAGAGUGGCCACAGGAACCCCGUAUAAUGCCGGGGUUCCCCAUCCGGCGGGUGCUAGUGGCUGGCCUGCUUUUCAGUCUGCUCCUUGGUUCUUCUGUGCUUUUCGUCUACAUCUUCCGGAGCUGUGGCCCUAGGCCCUGCAGGACACAGGAGUGUUGGGAUCUUCAGGCUCAUUACCUGGCCUCCGGGAACACCAGUGUGGCCCCCUGCACCGACUUCUUCAGCUUUGCCUGUGGAGAGUCCAAAGGGACCCUUAGUUCCUUUCAGGCUCUUGCAGAGGAGAACAAGAGGAGACUUCAGAAAAUACUGGAAGAGCCAGGUUCUCGGCACCUGGGCAGUGGGGAGGACAAAGUCUUCCAGUUCUACAGCUCCUGCCUGGAUACAGAUGCCAUCGAAGCUGCGGGGGCUGCUCCCCUCAGACAAGUCAUUGAGGCGCUUGGAGGCUGGCGAAUCUCCGGUAAUUGGACUUCCUUAGACUUUAACCGAACCCUGAGCCUUCUGAUGAGUCAGUAUGGUUAUUUCCCAUUCUUCAGAGCCUAUCUGCGACCUCAUCCCAGCCUUCCACACAAGCCAGUCAUUCAGGCUCUCUCCUGGGUACAUUCCCCAUCUCCCCACACCUGUCCUCUCCUCCCUCCAUGCUCCCUACUUAUCUCUUGUGUCUAGAUAGACCAGCCAGAGUUUGAUCUUCCCCUCAAGCAAGAGCAGGAACAGAAGAUCUAUGCUCAGAUUGUGCGGGAAUACCUGGCUUAUCUGAAUCGGCUGGGAACCUUGCUAGGAGGAGACCCAGCCAAGGUGCAAGAACUAGCCUUCCUGUCCAUCUCCAUGACCUCGCAGCUGUUUCAGUUUCUGAGGCCCCUGGAGCAGCGGCGGGCACAGGGAGAGCUCUUCAAGCUGGUUACUAUUGACCAACUGCAGGAAAUGGCCCCUGCCAUCGACUGGUUAUCCUGCUUGCAAGCGACAUUCACGCCAAUGUCCCUCAGCCCCUCCCAGCACCUCGUAGUCCAUGACCUGGAGUAUUUGAAAAACAUGUCUCAGCUGGUGGAAGAGAAGCUGUUGAAAGACAGAGACUUUCUGCAGAGCCACAUGAUCUUGGGACUGGUGGGGACCCUCUCUCCAGCCCUGGACAGCAAGUUCCAGGAGGCACGAAGAUUGCUGAUCCAGAAACUGCGGGAGCUGACCCAACGACCACCCAUGCCCAUCAGCCCUCGAUGGAUGAAGUGUGUGGAGGAGACGGGAGCCUUCUUUGAGCCUACCCUGGCAGGCUUGUUUAUUCAUGAGGCCUUCAGCCCGGAAACCCAACGUGCUGCCAUGGAACUAUUGACUGAUAUCAAGGAUGCCCUCAUCACACGCCUCAGGAGUGUUCCCUGGAUGGAUGAGAAGACCCGAAAAAGGGCCCAGGAUAGGGUCACCCAACUGCAGGUGAAGAUGGGGGCCCCAGAAUGGGCCCUGAAGCUAUCACUGGACAGACAGGCAUACAGCGAUAUACAGCUUGGACCCAGCUACCUGCAGUCCUUCCUGAGCUGUGUCCGAUCUCUCCGAGCUAGAACUGUCCAAAGCUUCUUGAAGUCUUUACCCCAGCACAGGUGGCAGGUGUCCACCUGGGGGGUCAAUGCUUACUAUUCAAUAUCUGACCAUGUGGUGGUCUUCCCAGCCGGACUCCUCCAACCUCCAUUCUUCCACCCUGGCUACCCCAGAGCUGUGAACUUUGGCGCUGCUGGCAGCAUUAUGGCCCAUGAACUGCUGCACAUCUUCUACCAGCUGUUACUUCCUGGGGGCUGCCCAGCCUGUGACACCCAUGUCCUACAGGAGGCACUGCUGUGCCUGAGACGUCACUAUGAAUCCAUUCCAUUACCCAGUGGACUCUCUUUCAAUGGCUCUUGGACAUUACUGGAGAAUGCUGCUGACAUUGGGGGACUGGCCAUUGCACUGCAGGCAUACAACAAGAGGCCAUUAUGGAACCAUGGAGAGGCCAUCCUGCCCAACCUGGACCUCAGCCCUCAACAGCUCUUCUUCCGAAGCUAUGCCCAGGUGAUGUGUAGGGAUCCCGGCACUCUGGAACCCCAGGAUCCUCACAGCCCUCCCAUGCUUCGAGUACAUGGGCCCUUCAGCAAUGCCAGAGACUUUGCCAGACAUUUCCACUGUCCACGUGGUGCCCUCCUGAACCCUUCCAGCCGCUGCCGGCUCUGGUAACCUGGCUACCACAGAGACUUCAAUUCCGAUGUAACAACACCUCCCUGCCCCAUCCACGGAAUCAGGCACUAUCUCCUUUCCCUUUCCCUUCCAAAAAUAAAAGCUGGCACUUGG